AUGUCCAAUUACGAAUCAAUGGAAUCAUUAAAUAAGGAAAAUGGCAACAGGAAUCACCAUCACAUAGAGCAUAUGCUUAAGGCCACGCAAAAGCUUUCUGUGCCGCCUUCACCCCGUCGACACCUUUCAGAUUUCUUGUAUGUUGAACAUUAUGAGAAUGGAGGGGGUUAUAUUUUACACGCAUACGCGCACGAAAUUGCCUGUCUUUCGCCAGAGAACACCCAACUUCUUGCUAAAAAGUUCUUCCGAUCACUGUUCAUGGAACGCAAAAAGAGGUGCGCUCCAAUGCCGUUCUCCUAUUUCUGUAUUGGUGUUGUACAUGGUGCCGCUAAGCAUAUGCCAGAGUUUGUUAAUCACAUUGCCGAAAAGCACCCUAACCUUGUCGUGUCUACAAGUCCAAUCAAUGCUAAGAACGCCUCAUAUACUACCACCGCCAAGGAGUUUGCUGGAAAUGUCUUUCGGACCUAUUGUAAUGGGUUGUACCGAUUCGGUCCAAUGCACGCCAUAAGUCUUGUUGGCGUCAAAGGUGAGGAAAGAGGCGAUUUCUGUGAGGAUAUAUUAGAGAUAAUCGAGAAGGACCCUUUCCUUCGAAUGAUUUUGCCUUGGGGCAAGCUCUCUUCUCUUAGUUCCAUGGAUCCCCAAAAAAGUAACGACGGUCCGAUCCUUUGGGUUCGUCCAGGUGAGCAAGCUCUCCCUCUCCAUAGUCAUUCGAGAUCUCGAAGCAGAAAAGCUGCAAGUUUCUCGUUGGGCACAUUUACAUCAUCUCGGUUAAGUAGUCCUCGUCAGGUUCUUAUACCUGAUCGUACGCCCUGUCACGCCGACCACGCGGACGAUGGACUCAAACGCCACACGACAGCUGCCAUUGGCUUACUGAAGGCUGUUCAUCCACCACCAAAUGCCGUUUCGUCGUCAAUCCCUCAUGAAUCACCGGCCACCAGUGCGUGUGUCAACGGGAACCCUUACUCCUCGGACUCGGUUUCCGGUCGCAUUAUCAAGGAUGUUGUCGUUUUCGACCCACGACAUUACUGGGACCUUGUUGAACGACUUGGUUUGGAUAUUAUGGAGCCGCCAGUUAGCCAGGGUUUCCGCUACGCGCGUCUGCCCCUCUGCGACAAUGACAUCUACUUCCUGCCUCGGGGCGUGGUGCACCAGUUCAAGACGGUUUCCGCCGGCACCAGCGUGGCCUGGCACACCCGCCUCAAGUCCUACUACCCCGAGCCCGCCGGAGAUGAGCCCCCCGAGGCCUCGAACAGCCAGACCUUCCUGCAAACCUCCCCCUCCAUAGCCGCGGCUGCCAGCGAGAGCGCCCUUCGUGCCGCAAAGUCCCAGGCUCGAGCCCUCAAACGCUCCGCCCCAAGCGCCGCCACCAGCCCCCACCCACCGCCUCCUGAGAAGGUUCCAGCCGAGGAGCCAGUCAAGCGUGAUGACGGGUGA